AUGUUGUAUCAUGUUGUAACCUCGCGUCAACUAUCGAAAGACAAACUCAGAGGACCUCCUCUUCCCGGCAGAAGAUCUUCCAUGUUUUUGUCGUGCAUAUUACCGCCAUCGGAAAUGGACAUUGCUAACGGGGAGGUGGAUCCCGGUGCGCCCCACGGACGCCGUCUUCCGCCGGUUGCUCCGGACCGCUCUCACUUUCGCAGCCUGAUCUGGGAGUGGUUAAGGUUUUAUGAUCGCACCAGGCGGUGGACAGAAUUUGGGGCAGAUGGGGGACGUCUGUCGCAAAGAGAGCACCAGCUGAUGGAAGAAUUAGCCGGGAUGGUGCAGGGAGUGGGGGCAGAAAUGUAAAUAUUGAGAGGAAAAAUCCCCCCUCUCCAUAUCGAAAAGGCAUGUUUCCGAAAAUUUGUGUUGCUGAUUUGAGGUCACAAAUCACGUCUGUCUUGCUAGAAGACAAGGGCAAAAGCUUCGCCCCCAUUAUGGAGGUGAUUGGUCAUGCUGUUGGGCCUAAAGCGGGGCCGUUUGCCAUGCUGAGCAACUAGCCCGAUACGCCCCUGCAUAGCCUGGGGAUCUAGCCGCGUUGCCUUCCUGCAAUACAGAGCCGAUUUGUGUACACAAGUCCCGCGUCACAGAUUUCCACUUCGAUAUGGGGUGGGGGGAUUUUUCCUUCUGAUAGAUGGGGGACGUCUGUCGCAAAGAGAGUACCAGCUGAUGGAAGAAUUAGCCGGGAUGGUGCAGGGAGUAGGGGCAGAAAUGUUGUAGUUAACCUUAAGUAAGAACGGCUACUGGUGCGUCGAGGGUUGUACUAUGAUAAGCCCCUACGCUUGUAGUUGUGGCGACGGCGACCACGGCGUGCCGUCCGUAAUUGUGUGGCCAAUAGGACUUACCAAUUUGAAUGCUCUUGCAACGCGACCGAACCUGCUUCAUGGAGAACCGAUACUCAUACGAGUGCUGCACUUUGCCAUGCAGCUAGACGGCCGGCCCCACUUGCGGGAGCUGCAGGUGCUUGUCGACCGUACAACCUGACGGAUGCUUCGGAAUAAACCGAGCAUCGUGCUGGCGAGCGCUGGGGUCGGUCGUUUUUAGGAAUAUCAAUAUGUGGCUUUAUUCCGGCACGGCCGAAAAAACUCUUUUUUAAAGUUGUCUUUUGAAGAAAAUCACAAAUAUCAACUCGUUUUUAUUUAUCAUAGUGAACGUAAAACUAAAAACACCAAUUGUAGACGUAGAGCGCAGGAGCACGAAUGUGUUUGAUUAUCAAAGCAUUAUACUUUGAAAGCGGAAGGACAAGGAGAAAAUGAGAUACGUAUACGAAUCAAGCGCAACGAGGCGCUAUUGAAGAUGUACGGUCUUUUUUGUCAACAUGACCACCCAGGUGUCAAACAAGCAUUUUUAGGAGAUUGUCAGCAGCUUGUCUAUUGUUUUUCGGAAGUUUUGUUUUUCGUUUUGGACCACCUGGACGUGGUUCCUUCUUGAGAAGAACAAAGCGCUCCUGUAGGACCUCAAGGAUGAACUACGCAACAUAUACCGCGUCAUUAUUUCAUGUUAACGACCUGAACAAGAACAACAAAAUCUGGACAAGACCAAAAUAUGGACAACACCAGAAUAUGGACAAAACCAAAAAAAUCAACAUCAUCGUGUUUGUUAAUGCAACGAGGACAUCAAAAGCAGUUACGACCUAUAGACGUUCAAAUCAUUUUUUACUGAGAUCAGGGCGCUCCUGACAAUCUGACAUGCUAGCAAUACGUUCGAAUCAUUUUUUUACUGAGAUCAGGGCGUUCCUGACAAUCUGACAUGCAGCUAGCAUAAUUAGUUCUUUUGCCAACACUGGCAUGAAGGUGAACAAGAAGAAGGAGUGACGUAGCAUCAACUUGGAAUGAUCAAGAAAAGCGAAUUGCUUAUUGUCUUGCACUUGCUUGAUUUUUAUUUGCAGCUAUUCACAUCCAAGAUCGACGUCGUGUUGAUGCGAGUCGUGCGACAGUCAGACGUAGCAGCUGCAGAAACAACUGCCAAGUCAGUCGCCGCACUUUGACUUUGUGUAAGUACUUAUCUGUUCAUAAUUCCGUGGCUUCCUGUGGAGACGCGCCGCGUGAGCUUCUUGCGUCCUCCAUUACACGACGAGUUUUUGUAGAAUUACAGCCGCUACAAGUACAGCAUGGUAGAGUUAUUCUCGUCGGUCCUCAUCAAAAA